ACUGUCGUUGUAGUGACUGAUUAUAUAUGUUCAGAUAAAUAAAUGAUGAAUGAAGAUAUUGAUUAAGACGUGUCGUAAACCACGAUGAAGCGGAGGAAACCAUGCCAUUUCACAUACACAUGGAUAUUAAUUUUUAUUUGUUUAUUAAUAUGUGGGGUGAAAUGUGAAUAUAAAGACAUUGUAUUCCUUCUCGAUUCAUCAGGAAGCAUCAGUCCAGGAAACUUUGAAGAAGUUGUUGAUUUUGUUUCGAACGUGACGUCAUGGCUCACAAUUGGACCAAACGAAACCCUCGUAUCUGUAGUUACAUAUGCCUCAAAUGUGACAGAACAUUUUUCAUUGGCCACUUAUACGUCCUCCUCUGACGCAAUAUCCGCCAUCCAAUCACUGAAGUCCAUCACACCAGAAGGCGGGACGUAUACUCAUUUGGCGCUAAACUACAGUUACGAACAUUCUUUUGGGGUUAGAAAUGGGUCUUCAAAGGCGGUGGUGGUCCUAACAGACGGACGGUCCGUUAGCCGAACAGAAACAGAGAAGGCAGCAGAUGACCUCAGGUCAAUGGAAGUGGAGGUUUAUGCGGUGGGAGUGAGGAGCGAUUUGUCGCUUACGGAUUUGGACCUACAGGUCAUAGCUAACGACCCAGACAGCUACUAUAUCACUUACGUGGAUGAUUUUGUGUACCUCUGUAACGUUGUUCCAGGAAUUGUAUCAAAACUAGACGCCUCAGCUGUGGCUAACUCGGUCCAAGGUUGUCCCGAAAUGCCAACAACGACAUCUUCAUCGAAAGUGACUGAAGAAGCAACAACAACGACAGAUUCGACGACAACAACAACCAUUGAUGCAAGUACAACAGGUAUGGCGAUUCUAUCGUCUAAUCGACGUAUCAGUCAUCGUGUUCAAUGA